GAGUCGUGACGCCUCCCUUGGUGCCGCCUGGCAACUCUCCCUCUCUCACCUUCCCUCCGCUGCUCUCCCUGCCUCGUCCUGGGCUCUGGACGCACCCUGGUGAACACAGUUUGAGUUUCUCUUUCCGUCCUCUGUUCGGCGGACCCUGUGGCUGCGUGCGUCCGCUGGAAAAUAGGUCGCCUUGUGGACGAACUGGUGUCGCGUGGCGUACGGCGCGCACCCUCCCGGAUUGGUGGGUUCGCAGUACCACGCUCAUCCUGCCUUGCCGGGAGUGCCCAUCAUCUCCCCUGUUUUCCGUCUGCGUGUUUCCUUGUGCGGGUGUGUAGCGCCUCGCCGCCGCGCCCUAGACACGAACAGGUGAACCCUUGUUGAGGUGGAGUGGUGUGUUGUGGAAUCCCGCGAGAGUGCUCCCUGGCGGUGCGACGCAGACCGCUGGCGGUGUAGGCGGCGAGGCGGGGCGCACGGCAGACAGAGACAGAGACAGAGACAGUGAUCGGUGUGAGGGAUGGCGGCGGCGGUGUAGUGAUUGGGCGGUGCGGGUGAGGGUCGGCAAGGAGCCAUCCCCUAGGCACCAUGAGCACCGGGAACCUGCCAGUGGUGGGGACCCCUCCCGGGCUCGGCGCUCCCGGUGCCUUGGCUAAGCUGUCAGGGCUGCACGAGUGGCUGUCUCUUGAGAACAGGCGGGUGAAGCAAUGGUGGUCCACCCGCUCUGGCACCGACCUGCACAAGAUCUACCUCAACCACCUACAGGAUACUGACGAGUUGCGGUCGCAGCUGAAUGAACAGUUGCGGGCGCUCGAUGGCCGCGUGGACACACAGACGGCCCUGGUGGGGGAGCUGCAGGAUUGGUUCCGGCGUCGUGCAGAACUCCACCAGGACUAUUCCUUUAAGCUGGACAAACUGGCCAAGUCCCUCCAGGCGAGGCACAAGGAACAGAAGUACAAACGUGAACAGCUGCAUCUGUUAAGUGUUUACAGCUGCUGGAAUUCUUUAGUAAACCAGACAAGGAAAGAUGCACGGGAUCACGCUGCUAUGGCUGAUGUCUACCUCAACAACAUCAUUCCUCGGUUCACCCAGAUCCAGGAUGAUGUACAGCGGAUAUACAAGAGGUGUCGGGAAAUUGGUUAUGAAAGCCAUGAGGAACUGCUUAAGGUAUUGCAUGAGCUCCACACCACCAUGCGUACUUAUCACACCUAUCAGACAGAGUUCAAGAAUGCUGAGACCAAACUACGUAAUUUUGAAGCUCAGAGAAGCAAGUUGGAGCAGGGCAUUCCUAAGGAGAAACUGGAAAAGAGCAAGAAAUUUAGAGUUAUUGAGAAGGAAAUUCAGAAGAGAAGUAACAAGUACAUGGAUGCCAAGCUGAAAGCGCUGAAGGCCCGUAAUGAAUAUAUUCUCUCAAUGGACUCUGCCAAUGCUGCCAUUCAUAAGUACUUUGUGGAAGAUCUGUCUGACAUUGUUGAUUGCAUGGACUUUGGGUUCCACAGCAGCAUAGCCCGAGCCCUUAAGACCCAUGUGUCUGGGCAGGAAUGUAUGCGAAGGAGUCUGCAGGGAGGUAUUGAUGACAUAAAUAAAACCAUCAGCAACUUGGACUCUCGCUUGGACAAACAAAGGUUCCUGGAAUUCAACAAUGCUGCCUUCAUGCUGCCCAAGAAGUUUGAGUUUCAAGGACAUAAAGGGGAUGAGACUCAUGAGGAUUCCACCACAACACAGGUGAACCAGGUGGUGGUGAACCGCCAUGUCCAGGAGGAGAUGGAGAAGCGCUAUGCCCACCUUGUCUCCAGACUAACCAGCCUCAAGACAGAGUCAGAGGAGACCUGGAAGACCAUUGAGACAGCAGAGAAAACCCUCAUGGAGAUGAUCAACACACGGGAUUAUGAUUGUGCUCACUACUUCGUCGAUGAGCCAAGGCCGGACAACAAGCAACCUGAGUCCAUAAUGAUCAAGAUGAAGGCAGACCGUCAAGAGACUGAGGAUUUCUAUUUAAGUAAAUUCCGUGAAUAUACUCUUGGAAGCAAUCUCAUAACUCGCUUACAAGCAAGAUAUGAGCUAAUGAGAAAGGCACUUGGAGAUGAGACACAGGCCUCCUCCUCCCCAACACCGACAAGGAAUUUGGUGAACAAGCCACGUCGUCGCCGCAUUGGACGCAACCCUCUGAUGGGACAGCCCAAGCUCUUUGGAGGGUCCCUUGAGGAAUACUUGGAGGCCACUGGUCAGGAGAUUCCUCUCAUCAUGAAGUCUUGCAUCAGGGUCAUCAACCUAUAUGGCCUGCACCACCAAGGGAUAUUCAGAGUCUCUGGAUCUCAAGUGGAGAUCAACAACUUUAGGGAAUCCUUUGAGAGAAUGGAAGACCCGCUAGCAGAUGUGACUGAUGCCUCUGACAUCAACAGUGUGGCUGGUGUCCUGAAACUGUAUUUGCGGGAGCUGAGGGAACCACUUUUCCCAACUGUGUUCUUUGAUCAGUUUAUGGAAAUUGCUCCUCUAGAGAAGAAACAUGAUUUUGUAGUGAAGAUGAGAGAUGUUGUGACCAGUCUUCCCCGCCCAGUGUUUGUUGUGAUGCGUUACCUCUUCGCCUUCCUUAAUCAUUUAUCAGAGUUUAGUGAUGAGAAUAUGAUGGACCCAUACAACCUGGCCAUCUGCUUUGGCCCCACACUAGUGCCCAUCCCUGAAGACAAAGACCAGGUUCAGUACCAGAAUCUGGUGAAUGAGCUCAUCAAGAACAUCAUCAUCUUUAGUGAGGACAUUUUCCCUGGUGAUGGCGGCCACGUCUAUGAGAAGUACAUUUCUCGUGACUCCAUAGACCUGGAGGUGGAAGCUUGUGACGCACCGUCCGAGAAUCCUGAUGAAGUGGACUCAGAGCCAGGCCAGUCAGAGGAUGAUUCAGUAUUUAGAGACAAAGAUAUUGCCCUUCAGAUAUUUGGAAAAAGCGAAAUUUUAGAAGCCAUAGCACAAUUUGACUUCUUGGCUCGGUCUGAGCGAGAGUUGAGCUUCAACAAAGGAGACGUGCUGGUGCUGCACUCCCAGGUGUCCAGCGACUGGUGGCGCGGCUCAUUCCAGGGCAAGCAAGGCCUCAUCCCUGACAAGUACAUCCUUCUAAAAAUCAGGGACGAGGACAAAGAUCGUCUGAGUGAUCGAGGUGCAGCAGAACAGCUACGAAGGCGUGCAUCUUCAUCCUCCGAGUCCAUCCUGUCAUCUUCCACCCAACAGUCCUCAGAAGGGGUGAUAAAACCCACUGCACACAAUGGAGCUGCCCAGGCUCCCCUCUCACCUUCUCCAGCAUCAAUGCAGAGUCAGGACUCGUGUGCCAGCCCAGUGAGUCGCGAUGGCCUGGGAGGAGCCUCCUCCUCGCUCGGGCUGGACUCUGGCGGGGUGUCAGACGGGGCACAAGCUGACGGGGGCCGCUCCACCUCUCCGCUGCCCAGCACCCCAGGGCAGGCCUCCCACUCCCCCACCCCCCCACACUCCCUGCAACAUGGGGCUUGUCUCUCCCUCUCAGAUGUGUCGAGUAUCGUGUCUGUCCAGGAGGAGGAGAGACUCUUCGUCGGUAGUGAAUGCUCUCUGCAGGUCUCCAUGCAGGGUGAAGGUGGAGGUGCUGCCACCUCCUCCCCCUCUUCCCCCCAACCCACCCAGCAUCCCUCCUGCCCCCUCCUUGAGCCGGUGACCCAGUCUGUGGCCCCUGCACUGGUGGAGGAAGCAAAUGAAAAAGCCCAGAUGGAGGAGUCUCCGAAGGGCAAAGACCUGGAGCAGUUAAGCUCCAGCAUGAUAAAUUCCUCUACCAGUGGUGACUCGGCAAUCCGGGGGCCACUUUCUCACAGCAUGUUAGAAGUUCAUGAUGACACAGGAGAGCGUGGAAUUGGGGGCCAGUGGGAGCAGAGGCCUAGGUGUCCCUCCCAAAGCUCCAAUUUGUCAUCGAGUAGUUCAGAAGAGCGGCUCAAUCACUCUUCACCCUCGCCUCGCACAUUCUUGGAGCGACGGGCUAAGUUGAAACCAGCCGCUGGAGCUCCUGAUUUGGUGAUGGAUCUUCCAGUUACACCACUAUCGUCUUCCCCAAAGGAGCAUGGUGGCCUCACUAGGAUACGACGCCCCUACCUUACUCGUGAAAGUCAGAGUUAUGAUAGUUCUUCCUCAUCGGGGGGGUCAUCACCAGGCACACAGUCUCCAGACAUGACUGGUGGUGAAGUAUUUGCUAAACAAAAUUUGAACACACUGAAGAAAACACCAGCCCUAAAGACUUUUGGGAGUUACAGUACUGAUGCUCAGACACAGACUUUUAUUGCACACAAAUUAACUCCCUCUCUCAGUUUAGCUCAAAGGAACACUGAGGCUACAGAGUUAAGGAUAACGGAGGCAGAAGAACCUGUUUCAGUCUCAAGCAUUGUUCGUGCUUUAGAUCCUGCCAUGCAAACUGUGGACUCAGAGGUGCGAAGUGAACGUAAAGUAUCCUCUGAGGUGCGGGUGGAAAUCAGGUCAGCCUCAGAUAGGCCACCAGAGGGACCUGCACCUUCCACCCCAAAAUUGGCAGCAAGGUACCUAGAAGCAGUGGCAUUAUCAACAGGUGGGACAGGGUCAGCUUCUAAGCCACGUGUUCGAGCAAAACCAUCUGUUCUCAAGAAGCCUUCAUUAACAAGAGGAUCACCUGAACCUGAACCAUCAAAAUAAGUUAUUAGUUGCAAGAGCAAAGAAGGCAUGGUUUUACUUUCUUUUGUAGAAUUGGCUACAUAUGAAUCAGACAUUGAAAAAUAAUGUUGUAUUCAGUAACAUUUGUGAAUUUGAAUAUGAUUAAGUAAUAAUGUGGCUUUUACCACAUAUGGAAAUUGUUUUGUUUUGCUAGAGAGUGGAUGUGAGGGAACAUUCCCUUCCCCUUCUCCCAUAGGAUGCCUAAUUUAUAUCCAUUGACAAUUUUCUUUGUAUAAUAUGACAAUCUCAGUUCCAGAAAAUUCUAGUUAAAGUUUUAGCAUUAAGCAUAUCUUUGUAGAUGAACCUUAUUUACUGUGAAUGAAACUUCUAUUACUGUACCUCAUAAUGGGGGACAGAAUAUACCAUUGUAUAUUGUGCUGACCUGGCAGGAGUUAGAUACAAUGCCUUGUGUAACUUAAAAUUGUUAUCAAGUAUUCCCUUCAAAUACUGUUCAACUGAUUAGUAAUGGUGUAUUGGCAAGAAUUGAUACUGUAUAGAAUGUAGUGAGAACCAGACAGCAGAGGGUCACCAGCAUGGCACAUGUAAUGCCUGCUUGGAUGAGGUGAACAAAUUGCUCAAGGUCAUGGUGCAAGGGCAAGGAAAUGAUUCUUCCAAUGGCAUUUCUUUUACUCUAAGCAGUAUUGGUGACAUCUUCAGCCUUUAGUCAGUAUGUAUUAAGGUUGGUUGGUUAGGUCACUAGCAAGAAAACCACGAGAAGGGUAAUCAAGGCCAAUUUAUCUGUCAGUGUUGUGGAGCUGAAAUGAAGAAUUCAGCAAAAAUUUACAUCAGUAUUAAAUUCAUAGUUCAAGUCCACUAAAAUUACAUAUGGAUGUAUGUAUGUAUGUGUGUGUAAACUAUCUAGUGUGUGUGUUCAUUGCAUUUUUAGACUGGAUAAUCAUCAUGUGCACUUGAUUGCACCAUCUGGAAGGUACUAACCUAGUCAGUGGGACAACAGUUUGGGUAUUAAGUAACCCCAGCAGUGUGUAGAAACUUCAGAACAGCGCCUGUCCAAAUGGGAAUGGAAUAUUUUCUUACAGAAAUUAUAUACAGACUGAAGUGCUUUAUACCAGAUGGUGUUAAUACUGAUAUUGAAUGGUGCUUUUGUGGUGAUGAAAUGAUAAAGAAUAUGAUCCCCACAGUAGGAUGUGGGGAACUGACAGAAAAAAAAAAGGGGGGUGGGAAUUUAGGGAAGGGCUCAAUAUAGUGUAAACUUUGACAAACCAUUCCUGUACAUACACUGGGUGAGAAUGGUGAGUGAGCGAGCUCGAGUUGUGUUGACAAGGAGCAGUCCACUGCACAGUGCUGCACCAGGAAUGCCAAAACGCUUCAUACUUGAGCUUAUUGAAAUUCCAGGAAACUGCUCAUCCUACUCAUGUUUGUAAACAUACCAAACGAUUAAGAUGUAAGUGAAUAGUUUAUAGUGAAGCAUGAAGCACAAUUAUGUGAUACAUGAUAAAGGACCAAUCUGCUAAGUGCUUAUUUUCCUAUACGAUAACUGUAGUGACAGAAACGUUAUUCUUUCCACUCUAGCAGCCUGUGGAUUUAAGAGGUCCACUUGUGGAUUAUUGAAUUUUAGACCUGAAACUCCUAUAAUGUAAAUACAUGUAUAAUUUCUCCCAUGUCCACAACCCAUGACACAAGGGCACACAGCUGAGGAAGGUCAUUGCCGUGAACCCAAUCAUGGUUGUGGAGAGAAUUUUUGGUGGCUAGUGUGUAUGCUCAUCACAAAUCAUAUAUAUAUAUAUAUAUAUAUAUAUAUAUAUAUAUAUAUAUAUAUAUAUAUAUAUAUAUAUAUAUAUAUAUAUAUAUAUAUAUAUAUAUAUAUAUAUAUAUCACAAACUUGCUAAAUGUGUUUCAAGCAUCGUGUAGAGUGCAACAGAAAUUUCCCAUGAGGAAGUACUCAUGAAACCUGGUGUGGUAACAAGACUGGCGAGAAAUGCGUGUGCAAGCAGUCUAUUCAAAGGAAAGCUUGAUGAAUUCUUUAUACUGAUAUGGAAGAAAAUGUCUUUGUUAUCCAUUUAUGGCUCCAUAUUAUAUUUUGAAAUAACAAAAGUUUGCAACUUGUUUGCCAUUUUAUUAGGUGGUUAUACAGUACCUGCCUUGUUUGGUAGGAACUGUGGUUUCUGGUCACUUUUACUGUAAAUGUUACUCUAGUGAAAACUUGAACUGACUUAAAAUCUUAGAAAUAUUUUUUUUUAUUCAGAAAUAUAAUUUAUUGCUCUUAUUUUAUUAUCAAAUUCAUUUUUAUCCAAGUCAGGUAUAGGACAAAUAUUCUGAAGUGUUUGAAACAUUUUUAGUUUGUUGAAAAUGUCAAAAGUACCAUAUAUCUAAGUAGUAUUCUGAUAAAGAUAUGCAUGUUUAGCCAUGUUAUGUGAACAAGUACUCAUGGACGUUUAGUACUGCCCAAGUUAAGUAUACAUAUAAAUCAACCUCUCUAUAAAUAGUUAAUGGAUGGAUCUGAAUGAGUUAUAGAUGGUUCAUGUACAUACUGAUAACAAUAUAUGAGAUAUUGAAGUAUAAAUUUGUGUAAAACUUGUUAGUGUCGCUAAAAGUUAAAUUACAAUCACUGCAGAAUUAGCCUUUAGUGUGUGUGUGUGUGUGUGUGUGUGUGUGCAUAUAUAUAUAUAUAUAUAUAUUAUAUAUAUAUAUAUAUAUAUAUAUAUAUAUAUAUAUAUAUAUAUAUAUAUAUAUAUAUAUAUAUAUAUAUAUAUAUAUAUAUAUAUAUAUAAUGACAGAACAAAGAAUGGUGAUUUAUGUACUGCAGGCUGCAGCAAUUAAUUCUCCUUCAGCACAGUGAAUGAACUUUUAGUCAUGUAUGAUGUCACUUGCUCUGUAUGCGAGUUGACUUACUUUGAAAACCAGUAAGGUCUCUCUCUCUGCAUUUUGUUUGCAUUUGAAUUUUCCAGAUUAAUUUAAUCACAUAUAUAUGUAUAGUUCUUGUGUGUGUGUGUGUGUGUGUGUGUGUGUGUGUGUGUGUGUGUGUGUGUGUGUGUGUGUGUCAAUAGCAUGGUGGACAAGUUCUGUGUGUUUGAAAUUGAGUUGACAUUUUAUGUACUUUAUUAUUUAUUUAUUUUUUAUUAUUUUUUUUUUUUAUCAACAAAUUUCAAGAGAGAAUGCAACUAUCAAUAAGAAGAGAUUGUCAUGGUGAGAAAAUCUUCCACAACACGUACUUUAAAUAAAGGAUGAGAUAUGUUAGUGUUUCACAGCAUGUAUUCUUGUAAGAAUUGGCAUAUCAUUGCAAGAUGAAUGUGAUGAGCAAGAUACAGCAUUUGCAGUGUAACAUGAUAAAAAGUUUGUGAUGUGUGUUAAUGUUACAGUGAGUGAUACAUUCAAACAUAAGGCUUGCCAUGUUGACAGUGCAAGAUAAAUUGUUGAAUGGUGUAUUGUGUGAAGUGGUGUCGCCCUUGUGUCUGGGAAAGCCUAUUUUUGUUCAUGUUCUAUUUGCUUCUUUCCUAACUUGUUGUCUCAUCAUAUUUUCGUUACGAGACUACAAGCCUUAAAUUGUACUAUUUUACUUGCAGUGUUACAAAAUAAUACAAUAUUUUGAAAGUAA